AUGUCUUUAUUGGACACAUUUAUAAAAUCGUCAGACCAAGUGGUCGAAUUUGAAGCAUUCUUCUCAGGUAUACCAGUUGUUAAUCAUAACAUACAUACUUUAGAAAUAUACAAGGAUGAAAUUCUACUCUACUGGGCUGAAUUUAGAAAGGCUUAUGACAAUAUUUUGGCGAAUUUUAGAACUCUUGAUACGGAAGUGAACGUAGAAACAUUGAAAGAAAGAUUUUUUAAAACGUUUGACUCUCAUGUGAGAGCUUUGUCCAAAGCCAACGAAAUCUUAGACUCUCUUCAAAAUAAAGAUGUUUCUCCUGACAUUACCCCUCCCAUUUCGUGUGAGUCUCACCCGAAUAUUUCUCUUCCCCCCUGUGAUACACAAACUUUUUACGGAGAUUAUGUCUCUUGGCCGUCGUUUCGCGACAUGUUUUCGGCCCUAUACAUAAACAAUAAACGAUUGUCACCCGUUGAGAAACUUUUUCAUCUGUUGAAGAAAACUGAGGGAGAACCUCAUGACAUCUUAAAGAACUGUCCACUGACAAACGAUGGUUUUGAUAUGGCAUGGGGAAAUCUAGUGGAACGCUAUGAAAAUACUCGUGUACUUGUUCACACACAAUUAAAAACCCUGUUCAAUUUGCUAAACAACCCUAUUUAUAAAGAAUCGGGGCCCAGCAUUAAAAAACUUCAAAGGUCUAUUAAUGACUGUAUAAAAAACCUUUCUCUUUUAAAAAUUGAUACUAGCAAUUGGGACGUUAUUUUUGUUUUUAUUUCUGCAAAAUGCCUUCCAGAUAUUAGCCUACAUUUAUGGCAACAGCAUUUAGGCAAUAGCAAAGAGUUGCCAUCGUGGAAAGAAAUGGACAGCUUUCUUACGUGUAGGUAUCAAUCUCUUGAGGGUUUUGCCGACAUUCGGACAUCUUCGGCAGAUUCUCAAAAUUUUCCGAGGAAAACUCAUAAUAAGAAACAUGCUCCCGAUCAGUCAAAAAAGAUAAAUACCUUCCAAACCAAGGUCAUUACUGAUAAGGCUAAAAAGUGCUCCCUUUGCAAUGAUUCUCAUACCUUACGACUUUGUCCCAUUUUUCUAUCAAUGUCUGUCGAAGACCGCUAUUCUGUGGCGAAGAAGCAGAAACGUUGUACUAACUGCUUAGCCAGCUCGCACGAUUAUAAGAUGUGUAAAAGUCAAUAUACCUGUUCUAUCUGCAAACAAAAACAUCACUCUCUUUUGCAUCGCUCCCAAAACCCUACCGUAUCCAACCAAACUAGUAUUAUGCAACCGAAUAAUUCAUCAAUGAAUAACGUUCGCGAAUCGGCUCUCACACAAGUUGUUAAUAACUUUGAAGACAGGCCUUCAACUUCAGCUGCCGCUGCGGCUAGGAUGCAACAAUCAUACUCUACACAAAUACAGUCCACUACCCAUAAUUCGAUUGUACUUGGUACAGCUUUGGUCGAUAUAUGCGUAGGUAAUGUGCGUCGCACAGUAAGAGCCCUUAUUGACUCAGCUUCUGAAGCGACAUUUAUUUCAAAGAAACUGCAAAGUACCUUACAACUUCCCACAAAAUCGUCACAUACGAAUAUAACUGGUUUAAGCGGUUCUCUAACCGCCACGGCAACCCAGAUCUGCCCCAUUCGAAUAAGUUCACCGUUAGAGAAACUGUUCGAAACAACAGCCGACGCAUAUGUCAUCAACAAACUAACCGGAGACUUACCUUACUAUGAUAUGUCGUCUCUUAUGAAUGUGAAAUUUUCCGAUCUGCCUUUGGCUGACAACUAUUCAUUUAAAACCUCAAAGGUUGAACUUUUGAUAGGUUGCGAUGUCUACCCUAAAAUUAUAAGAGAUGGCGUUCGUUGGGACCAUCAGAUGUCACUUGUGGCUCAACGUACCAUUUUCGGUUGGAUUGUCACAGGCAGAUUAAACUCCCCUACUCGUAGUCUGAACUCUGUAUCGUCCUUUAUUAACACUUUAGACCUAAAUGAACAAAUAACUAAAUUUUGGGAACUUGAGGAGUCGGAAUUUUCUAAUGGUCUGCCUCUUGGUCACUCUCGCAAUUCGGCGUUGGCUCAAUUUAUUAGAAAUGAGACUAGGCUUUUAAGAAACCCCCAUUAUAAAUCUGAAUACGAUAAAGUAAUAGAAGAAUAUUCUCUUCUCAGUCAUAUGACUGCGGUAACACCAGAUAUAAAUGAUACCCCUAGCUCAUCAUACUAUUUACCCCAUCAUUCUGUGCUCAAACCCGAAAGCACAACUACGAAACUUCGUGUUGUGUUCAACGCUUCUAGCCCAACUACAACAGGAUUGAGUCUAAAUGAUGUCUUAUAUCCUGGACCUGUUCUACAACAGGACUUGACUGUACUUAUCACUCGCUGGCGUCUGUUUAGGUACGUUUUCAAUGCCGAUAUUGAAAAAAUGUAUCGUCAGAUACUGGUUAAUCAACGUCACACCCCCUUUCAAAGGAUUAUUUUCCGAAAUUCACCUCAUGAAGAACUAGAAGAUUUUGAGUUACAAACCGUAACAUUUGGUGUUAACUGUGCCCCAUACCUUGCCAUACGAACUCUGCACGAACUUGCAGAGCAGUGUUAUAAUGAUUACCCCGAGGUUUCUAGCAUCUUAAGAAAUCAUAUGUAUGUAGAUGACGUCCUAGCUGGAUCCCAUGAUAUAUCCCUGGCUCUAAAAUCUAGAGAUGCGCUUAUAAAAGUCUUAGAUUCUGCUAAAUUUUCCCUUCGCAAGUGGAUUUCCAAUACGAAUUCACUUUUAAAUGGUAUAAACCCCAAAUAUCUUCUCACGUCUGACAUAUUAAAGCUAGAGGACACAACCACAACAAAAACCCUGGGUCUUCGAUGGAACGCAGGUCUUGAUUUCUUCUUUUUUAACCCCAUUAAACAACCAUCUCGUGACAAUAUAACAAAACGAACCGUCUUGUCUGACAUAGCGAGGUUGUUUGAUCCAGCUGGAUGGUUAUCUCCAAAAAUUAUAGUUGCCAAAAUGAUUAUGCAACAGGUUUGGAAAGAUCAAAUUGAUUGGGACGAAAAUCUAAAGCCUGAAACCUUGAAGAGCUGGCUUGUGUUCCUAGACGACUAUCCCAAUAUCGGUCGUAUAAAAAUUCCCCGUUUUGUCAGUUACAACCCCUCAUAUACUGUUGAACUACACGGUUUUUGUGAUGCCUCAGAGAAGGCAUACGCUGCUACUUUGAUCACUUCUAUAAUAGACAAGGUUGAAAACGAUAAAUGGCGUCAUGUUAGUUCUAAAGACAACCCAGCUGAUUUAGGAUCUCGUGGUGUUAUGGCCAGCGAACUGGUCUCCAACGAUUUGUGGUGGCAUGGACCACCAUGGCUUAGACUACCCAAUUCUGAAUGGCCUUCAAUGUCCCCAAUUAUAGACACUUCGGAAGAAGUUAAACCCAUUAAAGCACACUUAAACCAACUAUCAGAAGAUAUUCUUAGUCGUUUUUCCGAUCUUGCAAGAGCUAUGAGAGUCAUUUCAUAUAUUUUUCGUUUUUACAAGGCAACGCACCCCCGCCAUAAAACAAGAUUCAACUGUCCCACUUUAGCUCUACAACAAUCGGAAAUUAACUUAUGGCAUCACUCCCCCCUGAAAGAACAUUUCUCUCGCGCCCCUUUACAAACACAGGCCUUGACUUUGCCGGGCCGUUCAAUAUAA